AUGGCGAACGUCGAGGAGCCCGAGCAAGUGUCCAAAACGACCUCGAUCCUCGUCGGGGUUCUGGUGGUCAUGGUGUGGGAAGUGCUAUGCACAUGCUUGACCAAGGAGAAGCCCACCAUCGUGACCGAGUUGGUUGCACUGCUCUGCCGCGGCCGCAAGGAGGAGAAGCUGCUGAACCAACGGCAGGGCCUGGCUCAUGUGCUGUGCCAGAAGAUGGACGAGUUCUCCCAAGAGAAUGCCAAGGCUCACUUCUGGUCGGCCCGCACCUGGUCUCGAGAGUUCGAGCCAAGCGAAGAGCUGAGUACCUGGGAGCUCGAGGACUCUUCUUGCGGUCCGAGCCGCUUUCUGCCGUUUCCGGGCACGUCGGUCAUCUUCUUCGCCGAGCACACGAUCACUAAACGGCAGAGCGAGGGCAGCAUCGACAUCACGCUGCUGCGUGUUGGGGACCUCAGCAAUGAGGUGGCGGUGGAGCUCGCCACAAUCGUCGGGACUGCGAAGGCCGAGCACUGCUUCAAGGCCUCCAAGGGCCUGGCUGUCUUCCCUCCCGGCUGCAGCUCCGCAGUCUUCUCGGUGGAGCUGCUGCCCCACGAAGGCUUCAUCUCACAGCGAUUCUUCGUUGUCCAUGUGGAGCGCAUCAUCGGCCAGGCCACUAUGGGCAGCUGCUUCUUCACCCGCGUGCGGCUGCUGCCGUCCGGGGUCUGGCCGACAGGCCUAAAAGCGGCUGACGUGGAAUGCCCAAAUCCCAGUCGUCUGGUGAGGCUGAAAAUGGUCUGGGCCUUUGCCGCGAUGAUGCUACGGCGCCGGGGGAUCCGCCUCUGGAAGGUGAUGGCCUCCAUCGUAUGGCUGGAUUUCCACCGUGUGGUCAUGAAUACGCUGCUGCUCAACUACGCGAUCUACGACUUUUGCUUGACGAAGGCCAGCUUCGAGGCCGCGUGCCACCGUCUGCCUUUCAUCGUCCUGGCGAAGCUGGUGCUGGUCUGCGUGGACAGGCUGGCGAGCCACGUCAAGGCGGCCAUGCUGGGCAGCCUCUCCACCACCCGCCUGCUUCAGGAGGUGCUCCUGCACAGGUACCUGCAGCUUCCCAGCGACGUGCUGCACCUGGGCACCUUCCUCCACAUGCUCUUCGACACCGUGCCCGAAAGCGUUACCUACGGCUACAAGACCAUCUUCCAGCUGGCGCACAGCUCGGUGUCCAUGGUCUUUUCUGUCCUCAUCGCACUGGUGAUUCAGGUGCUCAAAGGGGAGGUGCCGCCGCGCAGCGCCUGGCAGCCGCUUCUCUGGAUCCUGGUGCCGAUGUGCUGGACAGUGAUCAUCAGCGUCUGUCAGCGGCGGAGUUCUUUCAAUCGAUGGGCCGUGCAGGCACGCGACUCCGACAUCGAGAAGACCUCGGCCAUGGUGGAGUUGCUGAGCUGCCGGCAGUGGCUACGAGCCUACGACGGCUCGUACCCUGUGCAGCAUGUGCGGAGCACGUUUGAUGACGCCUGGUCCAGCUUCCUGGAAAAGCGAACCUUCUUCGGAAUCUACAAGAAUGACACACAGUGGCUGGCUCGCUACGUCGGGGAGCUCACGAAGGUGCUGGGGAUUCUCUUCGGUGGCUAUGCGGUCGUUCAACACACGCAGAGUGGGGAGGGCAACAUGACCAUCGGCCGCUUCACGGUGUUUGUCAGUCUUUACAGCAUCAUCGUCGACGUGCUCUACAGCUUCAUCGAAGCAUGGGAUGGCCUGGUCUACGCAGGGAUACUUGUUGAGGAGCUUGCGCAGUUCAUAAACAAGCCCAGCAGGUGGCUCCAUCAGCUCUCUGACGAGCACGUCGACCCGGAGAGCCAUCCAGUGCUGACGGGCUCCUUCGCCGUAAAGCUGGCUUCUGUGAGCUUCCACCUGGAUGCGAUGCCCAGCAAGCUAUCAUCAACGGAUGCAGAUAUUCCACUGGGCCGCACGUAUGGUAUCCGGACGCUCAAUGAUGCGAGCUCCUUGCGUCGACAGUUAGGUGAGAUCCUUGGUGGGCUGCAGGUACCGCCUGGCAAGGUUGACUUGGUCGGCUGCGCCAGGUUCCUACUUCUGAAACCCCCAGUCACCUUGGCGACCGGAUCCGUGCUGGAGAAUCUGCUCUCCAACGCCGCGGCUUGGGUGCGGGCGAGUGACGUCAUCGCGCUCUUGGCCAUGCUGGGCAUCCCGUUGCCACCGCCGCCGGGUGCCCAGCCGCGGCACGCGCUGGACCCGGCCGUCCUUCUCCAGGCGGUGAAGCAAGCUGCUGAGCUCCAUGGGGCCACGCCGCCGCAGCUCAAGAGCGACAAGCUCUAUGCCCACUGCACCUGGUUCCGAGAUCGCUGUGUAGAGUCUGACAUUGACGUGCUGUCGCAGAUCACGAGAGCAGAGGAGCUUCUGCAGCCCUCGGAAAAAUUUCUGUUCGACAUCGCACGUGGUCUUCUCGCUGACCCGGAAGUGUUGGUGGUUCAGGACAUCUUGGGAGUGCUGCCGCUGCCUCUGGCGAGAAACGCGCUGCAGGUUUUGUGGCUCUGGCAGCGCCUUGGAGGCCUCAAGGGUGUCAUCCUGGCCUUGGAGGGUGGCAUGGCGGCGGUGCCACCGCCCUUUCCUCCAUGGCUCACACCUUGCGGCAGCCUCCCGCGCACUGUCUUCAUUUCAGAGUCCACGAUCGUUUGCGCAGGGCUCCAUUUGAGCAGGAACAUCGAUUCCUGGUUGCUUUUCCAGCCAUCCGGAUUGCUGGAAAUCGUGGAGGGCGGAUCCAUCGACGCCGAUUGCGAGAUGCAGCCGACGUCCCCUACCGCCUGUGCGCCCUCGCCGUCCCCGCCGCAGAACAGAUCCCCUUCGUCAACGACGGGGGACCUGCCCGACCUGACGCAGCGGAUCAUGUCCAUGGGACUGUACGAAGAGUAUCAGAAGUUCCGCGCCGGCAACGCGCAGUGGCGCCGGGGUCUGGCCGGCGGCGCGCGGGGAGAACUCACGGCCGAGGCCCUCUCCACGGAAGAGCGCCGGACCAGGACGUUCAUUCAAUCCUUUUUCCCUUCUUUCGAAGCCUGGCACUGGCGCCGGACAGCUUCAUACUGGAUCGCCAUUUUCUUCACGGAGGGUUCGCUGCUUUUUGUGUUGGGAAGCUGCUUCGGCUACGCCGGGGACAGUGGUUGGCGGGCCAGCAGCAGUGCACACGUCAACGCACACCUUGUGAAGGCCCUGAGCAUUUGGCCUUCACUCUUUGGCUCCGUUUUCUUCAGCUGCGGGGCGAUUCUCAUGUGCCUGGAGACCAUGAAUGUGAUGCGCCCCGUUGGCUCCUGGACCUUCCGAAUUUUCAGCUUCAAGUCAAUCUUUGCGUACUUGGACAGCUGCAACACAAUGAAUAGCGAAAUUACCAGAGUGCCGUACUUGGCAUCCAUGUCCUACUUUGUCGGCACCUGCAUCUACCCCAUUGCCGUGAUCGCGAACUUACAUCAGCACUUGAAUCCAGACAUGGAGCUGCUCUUCUCGACGAUCCCUUAUGCGCUUGGAGGCAUCUGCUUCGGGGCCGGAGGGUUCCUGGAGUGCAUGGAGAACAAGGUGUUCUCUACCUUGGAUGUGACCCUUCCGAAGACAGCAGCGCUGCUGAACUUCUUAGGCGGACUCUUGUUCACUGUCGGCGGGUUCGUCUUGUUCUGGCCCCACCAGGGGGCACAGAGCAACUUACUCUUCGCAGUCGGCUCGUUCCUCUACACCGUGGCGAGCAGCCUCUCAGUGAUUAUGUGGAAGGACGAGCAGUUCGGUCUGGCGUACCUGGCCGCGCUCAACCACAUGGGGGGUCAGGCGCGAGGCUCCUCCUUCAUCGCCGGCAACACGCCACCGGAGUCCCGCACCUUUUCGGUGCGCGGCAUUGUCUUCAUCCACCUCUACUGCAUCGUCUCCGUUGUUGCAGUCAUGAACUUUUGCUUGGCCCUCAACCACUUCAUGGCGUUGCCGGCCGUAGACACCUUGGCCCGUGCCGGCAAUGCCUCGUGGCCAAGUUAG